AAAUUGUGAUUGCCAUAAUUUUUUUUUAAACUUGAUUAAACCGGCAAAAUAUUUAUUAUAUCAUAAUCAAAUGGAUUUACUACAGGUGAAGAUGAUGGAUCCUUCUGAAAUUUAUCGCCCUGAAAAGAUAAAUAUUGAAAAAUUUCGAAAUUAUGAUGUAGAAAAUGGCUGCCCUCCUCAUGUUAAAGCUACCUAUUACAAGAUGCAUUCUUUGCAAACCCUCGAUUUUGUUAAGGAAAUGCACAAAAAAUGGCUCAAAUUCGACAAAAUACAGCUGACAUUAAUGGAGGCCUUGGAGCUCAUGAAUAAAAUCGUGGACCAAAGUGACCCUGAUACAUCGUUACCAAAUAUAAUUCAUUCGUUUCAAACUGCCGAAAGAAUUAGGAAAGAAUAUCCAGAUUUAGAUUGGUUCCAUCUCACGGGUCUAAUUCAUGACCUUGGCAAAAUAAUGGCAUUUUAUGGCGAACAUCAAUGGUGCGUUGUCGGUGACACCUAUCCCUUGGGUUGCUCUCCCUCUCCCGACAUUGUGUUUGGGCCAAAAAGUUUUUCUUCGAAUUCCGAUUUUCGCGAUCCUCUGUAUAACUCUAAAUACGGUAUAUACAAGCCUCACUGCGGAUUAGAUAAUCUUAUUAUGUCAUGGGGACACGAUGAAUACAUGUAUCAAUUUCUCAAAUAUAAUCAAAACACUCUACCUCAAUUAGCUCUUAAUAUCGUGAGGUUUCAUUCCUUCUACCCGUGGCACAACGCCAGCCAGUAUUACCACCUGUGCAAUGAAAGCCCGGAUUUGGACAUAACUCUUCCCUUCGUCCAAACUUUCAAUCGAUUUGACUUGUACACCAAAUCCGAUGACCCCCGUGAUAUACCCGACGUGGAAAGUCUCAGACCUUAUUACAAUAAUAUCAUCUCCAAAUACUUCGGCGACUCUAAUAGGAAAUUAUUUUUUUGAUUAUGAAUAUCCCUUCCAUAAGAAAUUUCGAAAUAAAAAAAAAUUAUUUAAUAAAAAAUUAUUUAUUAAAAAUUAAAAUAAUAUAUUCACAAAUUACCCAGAGAUGUUAUCCUUAUAAAAAAUAUUUUAUAUAUGUGUUUUUUAACGCCCACUCAAUGCAAAAAUAUUCGAUAUUAUUUAUUCAUAUUAAGUGUAUAUUUUAAAAAAAUAUUUUUAAUGAAAAAUUGCACAUAAAAUCUCAAUGCAAAAUAAAAACAAUUAAUAUUUUAUAUAUAUAUAUAAUAUUUAUUUUACUUUUAAAAUCAACCGUCAAAUAAUAAGUAUUAAUUGCUCAUACUUUAUUUACACAUUCAUUUUAUUUUUUUUAUAGGGAUGUAAUAUAAUUCAAUUUUA